UUAAAUCGAAGGCACUCCUUCGAUAUUAAGUUGUUUUUGACCUACAUGAAAGUGUGUGACUUUCACGAGGUUGAAGUAAUUACAUGUUCAACUGCUUAAAACAUUGACUCGAAUCUAGGUUGUACCUCUAGAUUUCGAGAAUUUUAUUCAACCAAGGAAUCAUUUUUACCCUUCUGUCAUUGACUUGUCAAACCACGGCUUGGUCCGUUUCGCAAGUCUCGCGACCUUUCGGUGGAGUAAACAAAGACACACUACUACCUGAACUGAACAGGCUACCGAACCCUCAAUCGACCGAAAUGUCUCAACUACAGUUGUUGCGUGUAUUUUUAAAUGAGCGUUUAAUGGCGGCUGCUGUGGAGAUUUUCGGGGCAGUUGAGAAAACGGUAGUGGAGUACGAGGUGGAGAAUGAUCGGCUACGGAGACUUCUGCGGGUCACGCCGGAGAUAACACUAUGCAGAAAAGGUGACUACCUCAUGAAGCUGGUUGAGAGAAUGCCAAGCGAGUGCAAAGCUGUCAUCAAGGCAAAGGACUCCCUGCAGCUCUCUCUCGCUGUCUCUGAAGAGGAGGUUCCGAAUGAGCAGCAGCACUGUGAGAAGGAGUGGAUCCACAGUCUGGGGCAGGAGGAUCUAGAGCCCACACAGAUUAAAGAGAAGCAUGAGGAACUCAGGACCAGUCAGGAGGAAGAGCAGCUUCAAGGGCUAGAGCCUGAUAUCAUAGAGUUCAAAUUCACUCCUUCCUGUGUGAAAAGUGAACGUGAUCAGGAAGACCCACUUUGGUCCUUGACUCUGUCCCAAACAGUGGAGAACAGAGAGUGUGACUCUAAACUAGUGGAUCCUAAACCUUUUGGCACUGUGACCCACCUAAAGGGUUAUGAAAUGCUCUGUGACCCUCCAGAUAAUCAAAACAUUGUCUACAGCCACAGCUCAGCCUUAAGCAGCAACCCAGUAGGACUUGACAGAAGCCAACCAUUGGAUCCAAACCCACCAAUGGAGGAACACUGUUCCAAACCCAGCACCACAUCUAUAAAAACUCAUCGCUGCUGUGACUGUGGCAAAAUGUUUCCUCUCACAGCUGACCUGCAGAGGCAUGUGACUCUCGCCAAGAAGAGACUCAGCGAAUGUCACUUCUGCAAAAAACAGUACAUUUCCACCUGUAAACUGAAGGCCCAUGUCCGACUCUGUCACAGUGGGAAACCCUGCACCUGCCCCUUUUGUGGCAAGACCUUCAAACAAAAAGGAAAUCUGUCCAUGCACAUGAGGAUUCACACAGGAGAGAAACCAUUUAGCUGUGGUUACUGUGGGAAAAGCUUCAAUCACAAGGGAGACCUAAGAAGACAUAUACUGACUCACACAGGAGAGAAACCAUUUAGCUGUAAUUUUUGCUGUAAGUGCUUCAAUCAGAAGGGGGACCUAAGGAGGCAUACACUGACUCACACAGGAGAGAAACCAUUUAGCUGUGGUGAAUGCGGUAAAGGCUUCAUACGCAAGGAGCACUUAACUGCACAUAUACGGAUUCACACAGUAGAGUAAUCAUCACACAGCAAAGUAAUCAUUUAUCUGUGGUGACUGUGAAAAGCGUAAAUCAGAAGGGGAAGCUGAAUAUGUGUAUAUAUAUGGACUCACACAGGGAGAUAUAAUUUAGCUGUGAUGACUGCGGGGAAAGUUUCACUCAGAAGACUAAUCUAACUGACCAUAUAUGGACUCAGACAGGAGAGAAACUAUUUAUCUGUGGGAAAAGCUUCAAUAAGAAGGGGGACCUAAUUGAGAAUAAACUAAUUCACACAGGAGAGAAAUCACAUGGAUUCUCAGUCUGUAGUAAAAGAUUCAAGACUAAUCUUCCGACACAUAAAACAACAUCUACAAAGAAAGAAAACAGGAUGAAAACACAAAGAAUAAAGAAAAUCAGGACAAAUAUAUCUUCUGUCAGCAGAUGGGUAUAAAAAGGCAGGUUGUGGAUAACUUUUAGAAAAGAAACAAUCAUUCAUGCACUGGGUUUCAGAGAAAUAUAUACAUGAUGGAUUUACUUUGAAAAAUGCUCUUUGUAAAUAAAGUUUGAUUUAAAUAAUGAGGAUAUUAACAAACAGUAGUGCAUGUAUCAUGGUAAUCUCGCAGAUCUGCUGUUCAAAGUCGGUUGAUGUUUUCACGUCAUUAGAAAUAAGAAUAUCUGGUUUGUUUUGGAAUGUCUCUCAGGGUGAUGAGAAAAUGGUCUGACCAAUGUUAUUGAUUUAUAAAAAUGUAUACUUUUCUGAAAAUAUCUCCUUCAAUCCAAGAGAGUUUCUCAUGCAGUUUUGACAUAAUACAGCUCAAUCAUGAUAUUGUUUGAAAUGUAAUGAUACAGUCGACUCCUCACGAAUGCAGUUUGUAUAAGUGCAAACUCUGUUUUAAGUGUACUACAGUGUUUUUCCUGUCCCAAUUCAACAACAUCGACAACUCACCAGCCGGUUUAUUAGGUACACCCAUCUAGUACCGGUUCGGACCCCCCUUUGCCUCCAGAACAGCCUGAGCUGCAUCAUUCUACAAGGUGUCUGAAACAUUCCACAGGGAUGUUGGUCUGUGCUGAUGCGAUGGUAUCACCCAGUUGCUGCAGAUUGGACAGCGGUACAUUCUUGCUGCUAACAGCCCGUUUCAUCUCAUCCCAAAGAUGCUCUAUUGUGUUGAGGUCUGGGGACUGAGUAGGCCACUGAAGUAAACUGAACUUGCUGUCAUGUUCCAGGCAAUGUUUUUCCACUCAAUUGUCUAGUGUUGGUGAUCGUGUGCCCACUGGAGCCGCUUCUUGUUUUUAUCUGAUAGGAGUGGAACUCGGUGUGGUCGUCUGCUGCAAUAGCCCAUCCGUGACAAGGAUCGACGAGUUGUGUAUUCCGAGAUGCUGUUCUGCACACCAUUGUUGUACUGCGCCAUUACUUGUCUGUUUACGGCUCACCUGUUCAAUUGCACGAUUCUUGCUAUUCUUCUUCAACCUCUCUCAUCAACAAGCUGUUUUCGCCCAAAGGACUGCCACUGACUGGAUGUUUUUUGUUUGUCACACCAUACUCGGUAUACCCUAGUAGAGGUCGACCGAAUAUGAUUUUUCAACGCCGAUACCGAUAACAAUUUAUUGGAGGACCAAAAAAAGGCGAUACCGAUUAAUUGGAAAAUUUUAUUUAUUUAAAAAAAAAUAUUAUUUUAUUUAUUUGUAAUGAUGACAAUUACAACAAUACUGAAUGAACACUUAUUUUAACUUAAUAUAAUACAUCAAUAAAAUCAAUUUAGCCUCAAAUAAUGAAACAUGUUCAAUUUGGUUUAAAUAAUGCAAAAACACAGUGUUGGAGAAGAAAGUAAAAGUACAAUAUGUGCUAUGUAAGAAAGCUAACGUUAAAGUUCCUUGCUCAGAACAUGAGAACAUAUGAAAGCUGAUGGUUCCUUUUAACCUGAGUCUUCAAUAUUCCCAGGUAAGAAGUUUUAGGUUGUAGUUAUUAUAGGAAUUAUAGGACUAUUUCUCUCUAUACGAUUUGU